AUGGAUUCGAGCACGCCCUUGAAUCACAAGGCCUCGCAGGAGACGCUGAUAUCUCUCCUGCAGCUGGAUCCUUCGCCUAUCGACAGCCCGUCCACCGACAAGGAGCUCCCUCCUCUGCCCGAGGAAGAGGUAGAGGCCUCGACCGACACCCUCAGGUCGCACCCUACCUCCUCCACCUCGCACACGCCGGCGUCGCCGUCGGCCAUUGGCCUCAGCGGCGGCGGCCUGACCAGGGUCCAGCGCUAUUCCUCCUACACCUUUACCCUCUUCGCCGGCCUUCACAUGGCCAACACCUCCCUGAUACCGCUCAUCUAUCAGUCUGUGCCGUACUCCGAGCCCUUCCUGCUCAUGACCCGCGAGAUCUACCAGACCCGCAUCUCCGAGCCGCUGCUCAUCGGCCUCCCCAUCGCCGCACACAUCCUCUCCGGUCUCUCGCUGCGCCUGAUCCGCCGCCACCAGAACCUCAAGCGCUAUGGCGGCGAGACGCCCGGCAUGUACGCACUGCACAGGGCCAACACGUCCAAGACAAGCAGCUCCGUCGCCAGCGGCGGUUCGCGCAGCGCCCUGCGCAUGUGGCCACCCCUGAGCUACGUCAGCAUCAGCGGCUACGUGCUGAUUGUACCCCUGGCGGCCCACGUCUUCAUCAACCGGGUGCUGCCGCUCGUCGUCGAGGGCGACAGCUCGAAUAUUGGACUGCAGUACGUGGCGCACGGUUUCGCAAGGCACGGCAUCCAGCCCUGGAUCGCCUAUGCACUGCUGCUGUCCGUCGGCGCAGGGCAUAUGGUAUGGGGAUGGGCAACCUGGUUAGGAGUCGCGCCGCCCACGGCUUGGAAGAAGACUACGAUAGACAAACAACUGAGGAGGAGGAGAAGGCGGGCGUGGUGGGGAAUCACCGGCCUCGCUGCCCUGGUUGCCGGCGUGUGGGCAGCUGGGGGCCUCGGGGUGGUCGCUCGUGCUGGGCCUGCAGACGGGUGGAUAGGGACCGUCUAUGACGGGAUAUAUAAACAUGCCGGGCAAUAG